AUGGAGGAUGAUGAGAGCGAGUUAUCAUGGGACUCUGACUGGCUAAUUGAAAUAUUGUUCUUUUUUAGGCCAUCGUUCGUACUUAUGCUUUGGAUGGUGACAUUGGGAAUACCUCACGCUCUUACUUCAGUUAUGUGGCUCUGUGGUCCUAUUGCUGGAUUAAUUGUGCAACCAUGUGUGGGUCUCUCUAGUGACAAGUGUGGUUCGCCACUAGGGAGGCAGAGACCGUUUAUCCUCUCGGGAUGCAUCGUCAUCUCCAUAUCGGUUAUAAUUGUUGGGUUCUCCUCGGACAUCGGGUACGCACUCGGGGACACGAAGGAGGAUUGCAAAGAUUACACUGGGCCUCGGUACCGUGCGGCUGCUGCCUUCAUUUUGGGCUUCUGGCUGCUCGACUUCUCCAAUAACACAGUGCAAAAAUUUCAACACAUUCCAUUUGUUGCAUUUUCAUAA